GCCGGGGGCCGGCCCCUCCCCGCGGCGCUCCUCAAUAAAGCCCCGCUGCACCUCCUCCCGCCUCCGCCUCCUUCCCCGCCGGGCCGCCAUGACGGGGCCGCCGCCGGCCGCCCUGCUCCGCCGCUGGGCACGCGAGCAGGCCCGGCUGAAGGGCGGCGUGGUGGCGGAGGACACCGAGGAGUGGCAGAAGGAGCCGAGCUUUGCGGGGCUGGAGAGAGUGGGAGGCGUGGACUUGUCUUACGUCAAAGGCGACGACUCGAGGGCCUGCGCUUCCCUCGUCGUUCUCAGCUACCCGGGGCUCGAGGUGCUGUACGAGGACUGCCAGAUGGUGGCCGUGAGUGCCCCGUAUGUGGCAGGAUUCUUGGCCUUCCGAGAGGUCCCUUUCCUGGUGGAAGCUGUUCAGAGACUUCAGCAGGAGGAGCCCAGGCUCAAACCUCAGGUGCUUCUUGUAGAUGGGAAUGGCCUGCUCCAUCACAGAGGGUUUGGUGUGGCCUGUCACCUGGGAGUCCUGACAGAUCUACCGUGCAUUGGAGUGGCCAAGAACCUCCUGCAGGUGGAUGGCUUGGCCAGGGAUGAGCUGCACAGAGAGCAGAUCCGUUCCUUGCAGAGGGGAGGAGAUACGUUCCCGCUGACAGGCACUUCAGGGAAUGUCCUUGGUAUGGCCCUGCGUAGCUGCAACAGCUCUAAGCCCCUUUAUAUCUCUGUGGGCCACAGGGUGUGCCUGGAGACAGCUGUGCGUCUAGUCCAGUCCUGCUGCAGGUACCGGAUCCCGGAGCCCAUCCGCCAGGCAACUUCUGUGAUGCUGAUGUUAAUACAGAGGAGCUGGAAACGCAGCUUUCCUGGUGCUUUGAGCCUAGCACAGACUGCAGUGCUGCUCCUCUGGGCUUUUCCUCGCUACUGCACUCCACAAGGAACUGCGGGCUCUGGGACAGCAGGCAGCCAGCUGACAUUAGAUCGAGGGAGUAUAUUCGGAAACAGAUGUGUUCACCAGUGAAGGUCCCGUCUUCUGGGCCAGAGAGAAAAGAGAAGGCUGAACUGGAUGAUUAAUCUCACGCCAGAAGAAACUGCAGGGCCCCUUCUUCACUGAACGCAAGACUGUGGUUCUGCAGAGCGCAGCGGCCGAGUGCCACCCGUGGGCAGAGCAGCACAAGGCUGUGUUGGUCAGGACAACUCCAGCCACUGUGCACUCCUCUGGUAGACCGGCAAACCAGCCUCUGUUAAGGAUGUUGCUCGAUGUUUAGAGCAUAUUUCUCGUGGUCAGUUUUGAAGCAUUGUAAAUACAUGUGUUCACUUUCUACA